CAAAUAUGGCAACAACAUCAGCACCUAUACAAUUUGUGGCUGGAAGUGCUUUAAAAAUUGUUAUAAUUUUGUUGACAAUUGUGGUGCUGGUGCUGCUUGAUCCUUCUUAUGUUACUGCUUAUAUUUCUAUAAAUUAUGAAAUUGUUCUAAUUUAUAUUAUUUCUGCCCUGACUCUUCUUUACUGUGUUGUUUCGAUCAUAAUGUAUGCAAUAAUGCAACGAAGUGUGCGGGAAGGCGAAGAACUCCAUUUAACUAAUUGUUCUUUAUCGGAAAUUGUGUUUGCUGGUGCUGGAAUGAUUUGCUGGAUGUUGGUUUGCGGCAUUGGAGGCACUGUCGCCCAACGGACAAUAAUUGAUGUAAAUAAAAAUAAGGGAUGUCAAGGGUUACCCGAGACUCGAAACUGACCUUUCGACCUGACUUAAUCCGAGAAAUUUUUUGAAACCCGAAUCCUGGCCCGACUUUUUCCCUCACAAAUCCGCUAACUGACCCUACUCCUGUUGGACACUAAAACUCAAUCCUAAGAAAAUUUUAAAACCCUCAACCUUUCCUAAUGACAUCCCUGUUAUUUAAAUUAAAAAAUUUUUCUAAAAAAAUUUUUUUUUAAUUUUAGACUGGAGAAUACUUUGGUUGGCUUGGGGCAUGUGCCGGUAUAAUUGUUUGCCUUUUUGCUGGAGUAUUAGCCCUAUUUGCUUUGGAUAUUUUGACAAACAAAAUUUUGAGCCCCCAACGAAGGAAGUAUCGUUAUACUCCUCCACAGAUUUGAACAAAAAAUAUUUCUUUUAGUUUAAAAAUUAAUUUAAUAAACAUACACUCCUUUCAUUUAUUUUCUUGAGAGAUCUUUUUUCUUCUUUACAUUUAUUAAUUACUAUAAGAAGCAGUACAGCAAUUUUAAAAUGUUUCCGGAAAUUAUAAUUAUUUUCCAUAAGGAAUAUCUAGCUUUAAUAAGCAUUUUCGAAUAUAAUUUGUUUGGUGUAGUGGAAAGGUGCUUGGUUCUAUAGUGUAAAUAGUUGGUGGUUCGA